AUGUUUCACGGCGCAGACAAGGCAGUUGAGGCGCUGCUUCGAGGCCAAGAAAGCACUAAUCGCUUGAAGAGGGUGUUCGAACACCAGAGGACAAGAUCAGUUUCAGUCGAGCCUCUCUUUGAUACCCUCCUUGAUUCCUUCUCCUUUGCUCUCUCUCUUUUUACAUCCCCUAACACUCAGCCAUACCGUGAGUCUUCUCAGAGCAAGGCAACCACCCCCGUGACGGCUCGAAAAUCUCCCAAGAAAAACGGCAAUGGAGAAGAAGGUUUAGAGAAAUACAACCAUGAUUCACCAACUCCGGUUCACCACGACGGUUUUACUUGGAGGAAGUACGGACAAAAGAACAUCAAGACCUCUUCCCACCAAAGGUUUUAG